ACAAGAGAUUUUAGUGACACGGUGUAUAGAAAUCAUCACAGUCAUUAAAAUGAAUAACAAAUACAGUUCAGUUUUCUUCACGUGCGUUUUAAUUCAUUUGGAGACGUUUGGACAUUCACAGCUGAUUGGAGAAGAAAAGAAGUACGCUUUCAUGGAACAAGCCAUGUUAGAACGAAUGAGGACAACAAUGGUGAGAAUGGUGAAAUCGCUGGAAGCAAGGAUAGAACGUCUGGAAGAGGACAACAAACGGAUCUUAGAAGAAUUAAAAUCAAAGACAUGCAAUGUAGAAAAUCUCAUAUCAGAAAGGACGAACGGCUGUCCCACGUCAAAAUCCUGCGUAAUCCGGGACCUCCAGUGUCCCCGAUUUUACAUGGAUCCGGCUACUCUGAAUACGCAGAAGGCAUACCUGUCCAGUGAUAAACUGACACUGACCAAUAGACGAAUGAACACGUCCUACGAAUGGCCAGUAGGGACUGCACGAAAGCACCAAGGAGCACGCGGUUCCAUCGUGUUUACAAACACAGACAAAAUAUUCUUCGAAGCUGAUAUCUUUUACCGAAUAGAAGCAAAUUUAUCCUCAACUAAUUUGGUUUUUGAGGUAGCAUUUGCAACAGAAAAAGCGAUUGGGAAAAGUCACUAUGUCGGUCGGCAAAAUGGGGCUUGGUCUAUCAGCGCGCAUAAUUCUGGUAGAGAGGGUGUCAAACUCUUUUUCAAAAGUAAUGGAGGCUCUAUCGUGUACAAUGAAACUCUCAGUAACGCCAAUUCCGGGACAGAAAAAAACUUGAAACUUGGAUUCUACAUAAACAGAGUGGCCAGGAUUAUUUCUGUGUUUGACAUUGGUAUGAACAGGAAAAUAUAUACAUUCAUAGAUGUGGAUGACCAGCAGGCACUGUGGCCUGUGUUUGGUGUUUAUCAAGCUAGUAAAACAGAUGUACGUCUGAUUCUAAACACUCAAGAGAACAUAUCAAGACUGCCAUGCGAUGUGUGUUAGAGCAAAUUCAAGCUACAUGAUUAAAAAGGUUUUUUAACAGAGGAGAAGAAAGACAAACAUCUUUAUCAUGAUUUAUAAAGAUUUUUUAUCACUAAGAGAGAAUUUAGAAUAAUCAUUCUUCAAAUUCCAAGUUUUUAUUGUUAUUUGGACAAGAGGUUUGUGUUGUAAAACAAAUCCGUCCUUUUAAAAUUUCAUUUUGUUUUCUUGAGAAACGUCAACCAACCACAACACAGAGAACAGAGAUAUGUGCCGUAUACAUGUGUGUCGAUAAAGAUUUGAGAUACUGAGUUAGACUUUGGUAUAACACAUGUACGAAAUAAACAAUAUGUCAUAGAAGGUGGUCAGCGCCACGUGGUUAUAAGUCAUUGUUCAUCGAUAUUUCAUCUAUACAGAAAUAUGCAACAACAUGUUAGAAAAUCAGAAAACAGAUUUAGAUUCGACAACGAUGGUUUCAGUUUUUUUAUUUUUCAUUUACUAAAGGCCCAUCAGCACAGAAACAGGACGCGUACAAUUGUUUUUUACUUAGUUUGGAAGGCGUGGUAAAAGAUUGAUGUCAAAAUUAUGAAUGCCACAAUGUAUGUUUACUACCAGAUUCUUCAAAGUCUUAAAAGAGUACUCGUCAUUCACGUAAUUCUAACUUCGUUGUUCAGAAACAGAAUAUUUGCUGUAGUAUCUGAAUCCUAAAUCUUUAUUCAUUUUUACACAAUAUUAUCAACAUUCUGCAUUAUAAAAAAAUACACUCAGUUCACCCCGAUUCUGAUGAGAGUGUAUCUUGGAAGAUAAAAUCCAGAGAUCAAAGUGAAAACCGCCGAAAAGGGAUCAGGGCCGGUUGUUUUAACAGGGACCAGUAAAUCCAGGCUUGGCCACUUUACUAAGGAAACCAGCGUCGUACAUCCGUAUUCUCAUGGUCCUGAUACAAAGAUGGCGGACUCGUCUUUCAGAGCCAAUUAUGUGGGCCGACACGCCGAGAGAGAUGUAUUGUAGAAACAGUAGAAUAAACAUAUGUUUUUGCAGACCUUUAAACUCCAACAUAUGUUUUACAAACAAGAAAACGAAACACUAACCGAUAGAGAAUAACAUCACUAAUCAAGACCCGUGUACAGACAGGUUUUCUUUCAGACUCCGUGAAAUCUCCUACUUUCUGUGCCAUGCUUUAAUCAGUAUAAAGUUUCCCUGGCGCUCUACUGUUUGUUUGUUCAGUUGAGCUGAUUGGGAAACAAGUGCUUAGUUUUCGCUAAUAUUUGCAUUUCUUCAUGCAAGGCAAAGCCUUUUAGAUUACUUGUACUGUCGCUCAGAUUUUCACUACCUAAGCGCCAACAGGAAACGCCUGGCUACGUUACAGUGAACUUUCCCCGCUGACAUCUCAUUAUGAACAUCUCCACUCAGCUCACUUCCCGUGUCUUGUCGGCCCAAUUUCAUAAUUUCCCCUGUACAUCCAUCAUUGAUUAUAUACAUUUUUUGUAUAUCUCCAGUAAUACACCAAGCUAACCAUUCAUAACGACAUCUAGAUAGAUAUUAUGAUUUGUUUAAAAUUCUUACGAACACUGGCACGAGUUUGGCAUACACACCCCGAAUUUGUAUUCUUUAAAGAUGUUCAAGAUACAUCAACAAUCAAACUAAUUAAACUCCUUGUUAAUAACAUUAUCUUCCAUGUCGUGUACGUUUCUUUAUUUAUCUGUUAUUUUUGUUCAAAAUUUGAAGGAGUCUUAGAAGAACAGUAUAUUAGUUCCUUUUAUUAUUUUUUUCUAUUUGGUUCAUAUUUAAAAGUGCUUAAUGAAUUAAGAUCAGCAAAACCUUGUGCCUUUAUCAUUAUAAUUGUACAGUAAUGUGGUGAUCAGUUUGUAGAUAAUGAUAAUUGUACAGUAAUGUGGUGAUCAGUUUGUAGAUAAUGAUAAUUGUACAAUAAUAUUGUGAGUAGUUUGUAGAU